AUUCAUCUUCUGCAUGCUAGGCUGCUGCUGCUGCUGCUGCUGCUGCUGCUGCGUGUAUGUAUGUGUGUGUUAAUCCCCCUUGGAUGAGCGCACACACAGCCGAGGAUGCAGCUGGGAGCAUGAGUUCUGACCGAGAGGAGUAUGACAUGGUCUGUCAGAAAGCUGUGACCCUAAUUGUUGACCUUUGCCUGCACAACAGCUCCCUGCUGGACCAGGACACCUGUCAGGAUUACCUCUUCCUGUUGUCCAGCCACAGCUCGGACCGCAAACAACUGAACGCUUCUUUUGGCCUGCUGCUCGGUGUGUUUGUGGUCUGCGGCCUGGCUCUGUUGGGCCUUCUUGCAUUCGUCUCCUGGAAGCUGUGCCGUGUGCCUUGGCGAACUAAGGCCCAUUUCCCUGGUCCAUCCCCCACCCCGGCCUGCGACCCAGAACUCUGCCUGCUCCAGCCGCCUCUCCUUCUGCCCAGCCCCCAGCAGCCAGCGGUCACCAUGGCGACAGAGAAGGUGAAGGACCCCAUGGGUUCUAUGGGUUUCCUGGAGACGGCAGUGAAGAUAAGCCAUACAUCUCCCGACAUCCCCACCGAUGUGCAGCUCUCCAUGAGGGAGCACUUCCUGCGCCGCACGCAACGCAUGCAGAGGCAAGCCACUGAGCCGGCUUCCUCCACUCGGCACAAUUCAUUCAAAAGACACCUGCCCAGGCAGAUGCAAUCAACCAGUCUAGACCUGGGAAAUGACUAUGUAGUGGACAAUGACGAAAAGCCCACUAGCAUCGGCCGCAUCCAGCCAGAGCUCUACCAACAGAAGACCCUGGAAUCAGAGGAUUCGUCCAAGAACGGCAGCAGCAAAAACUGCGGCAGGAUUAACUUCUCUCUCAAGUACGACUACGAAAACGAGGCCCUCAUGGUCAACAUCCUCAAGGCAGCAGACCUACCGGCCAAGGACUUAUGCGGCACAUCUGACCCUUACGUGAAGGUCUACCUGCUGCCCGACCGCAAGAAGUUCCAGACUCGCGUCCACCGGAAGACGCUCAACCCCACGUUCGAUGAGAGCUUCCAGUUUCCUGUGCCUUACGACGAGCUGGCGAUCAGGAAGCUCCAUAUGAGCGUCUUUGACUUUGACCGGUUUUCAAGGCAUGAUAUGAUCGGGGAGGUGGUGCUGGACAACUUGUUUGAGACAUCCGACCUCUCCAGGGAGACAAACAUAUGGAGGGACAUCCAAUAUGCCACCAGUGAAAGCGUUGACCUGGGGGAGAUCAUGUUCUCACUCUGCUACCUGCCCACCGCGGGCAGACUCACACUUACUGUCAUCAAGUGCAGGAACCUCAAGGCCAUGGACAUCACUGGGUACUCAGAUCCCUACGUCAAAGUGUCGCUCAUAUGUGACGGGAGACGUCUGAAAAAGAAGAAGACGAGCAUAAAGAAGAACACCCUGAAUCCCAGCUACAACGAGGCCAUCAUCUUUGACAUCCCGCCAGACAGCAUGGACCACGUCAGCCUGCACAUCUCCGUCAUGGACUACGACUUGGUAGGUCAUAAUGAGAUCAUUGGUGUGAUGAGGGUUGGAUGCCAUGCUGAGGGACUUGGCAGGGACCACUGGAACGAAAUGUUGGCUUAUCCACGCAAGCCCAUUGCACACUGGCACCCCCUGCUGGAGUCCAAGAAGUCUGAGAAGGAGUGGAAGGCGAGGACAGCCAGCUUCGACAGCCAAGGAUCCUGCCCCUCGCCCAGGCCCCCUGCUAGUCCCUGAGCAGAGCCACCUGUGACCCCGCAGCCCAGAAGGGGGUUUCCUCCCUCCUGCUGAUCCACUUCCUGUCUGUUUGAUCGGGGAGAAACACAACCCCACUCUCUCUCUCUUUCUCUGUCCCUCCCUUCCUCAAGUCUAGUCCCAGACCACUCCCAAGAACUGAUCUAGGACCACCGUCAAGUCAGUUAGUUGUGUGAAGCGCAGUCUGUUCAGGUUUUAGGGUUUGAAAUGUGGGUGUUGGUGGUGACCCAGAGCUGCCCUCGGUGUCCUCAGCAGAGAUUGGCUGGACACCCACAGGCUGUAGAAAUGUAAUAUUGAGCUGUCCGAGCUGAGGUGAAUGGGUGUCCUCACAUGGAGACUUUCCAGACGCUGAAUAUUUAGCUUUGUGCUGCAGAGACUCUAAUAAAUAAAAAUAUCUCCUGGAUAUUUCUCCAGGAGCGCAGCAGAAGUUCCACAGUGGAGGACACGUCCAGAGUUAGAAAAAGAGGCUUAAACUGGAUCCGAAGCAAUUUCCAAACUCUCCAGCUCUCUCUCUCUCUCUCAUUGGAUUUUAAUGCUGUAUUACCAUAAAACCAUAUUAAACUGUAGCAUUUUGGAACUAUUAGAUGUAAAACUGCUCCAUCCGCCGUUAUUGUUUGUGAAUAGCAGAAACUGAAAUUAGUUUCAAAGCUCCAGCUGAGUUCACUCUACUUCCAGUUUCAUCAACAACAUAAGCAAUUAUUGGAUCUGCAGCUUGUUGAGGAGAGGUUGGAUCAGCCUAAAUCUAAAAUAUUCUCAGCAUGGCAAUUUGCAGCUUUAGUGUGUUCUCCCGAGCAGCCAAGACGAGAAGUUUCAUGUAAUGAAGGAGAUUAUUGGUAUUCACACGGGAGCCAAUUGGCUGCAGUGUUGUUUUUUAAAUUUCUGUUACAAAAAGUAGAAGGUUAAAUUAUCAGUUACUUACUACAACUUAAAGAAAAGAUACACAAAUGUUGACAGACACCGUCUUUGUGUAAAUGGAGCUCUGGAGGUUUCUGAACAGAGUACUAGCGAGCACACUUUACACACCUUUACCUCCUUCUGUUUGAUGUUUGCUUUUGAGAAAUCACCCUUUUCUUCCAAAUGCUCAUGUUUUCCUUCAGACAAACACUGUUCAAAAGCUCUUCUUUGUUCUUUUUUUUUUCUGAACAGGUUUUUGGUGGAUGUGUAUGGUUUCAUGUACAGCCGUCUGCCGGUUACCGUAUAUACAUUUAGUUUUUAUAAAAAAAAAAAAAAAAAAAGCAGAACAGAUAUAAUUAUAGGUAAAGAUUGAAAGAAAAUACUGAAAUUUUGAAUAUAUGUAGCUUUGUUGGUGGUGAUGAUUGAGAAACAUCUAAACUCUUAAAAAAAAAAAUUUAAAAAAAUAAAGGUGAACAUAUUCGUCUUUUGAACUUAGAAACAUGCAACUUUCUUGUUGUUUAUCCUGUCAUUGAUCAUACUGUUGUACAGGGAGAAUGUGUGUUGGAAUUUGCCAUCCAGAUGCUUGGUAAAUGGGUUAUUUUUGAAGAUAUCUGAUGUGAUUAAGCAAAAGACUGCUGCAGCGCCGCUGUUGUAUCAGGUUCCUUUGCACCAGUUCCAGUUCCCUGCAUAUUAUUAGCUCUAGAUUUUCAUAUAAGAUGCACAACAUUUCAGUUAAAACCUGGUUUGCUGUCUUAUAACUGAUGCUCAAAAGAAAAACAGUAAUGCAUCACUUGCUUUAAAUUAAACAUAUUACAUAACGGAGGUUCCAUAUAUCUUUAUGAGGAGAAAUAAAACAUAACAAUUUGGUUGCUAUUUACGUGAUCUUCCUCCAGUUCACCCUCCAGUAGUAGUAGUAGUUUCAUUUUGCUGUAAUUGGCAUUCGGAGUCAGCGUGAUAUCAGGCAGGAAAACUGCAAGGAAACAUUUACAGAUUCUAGUUAGUACGGCUUGUACACAUCAUGUCUUUUUCGAUAUGGGGGAGCAUUUACUGAAUAGCAUCCGUAUUAUCUCAACAGCAGCCCACAGCAACUCAAAUCUGAUAUGUUACAAAGGUUCCUGGCUGCGACUUAGAUUGGUCUAGACUUCUGGUGCCUCAUUCAGCGACAGAGGAUGAGUGAUACUACGGCUCAAACUACUGUACGACAAACAUUUUAUGCAUCACAGAGUGUGCGAAAUUGUUCGGCCAGACAUGAAGACUUGAACAGAUGUAUUCAGCAGACCCAGCCGGAUCUGUUUUAGCCAUUUCCUUCAUGGGUGUACGUACUCCCAGAGCGAGCGAGUUAGUACCUCAGUGUGUGUGUGUGUGUGUGUGUGUGUGUGAGGUUGAGACGGUUGGGGGAGGCUGCUGAUGGGCGGACAGGUCAGCGUCUACAGAGCCGUGGCAGUUCUCGAAUUGGCACUUGUUACAGCGAGAAUGAGUCAGUGCACUAUUGUUCAUGCUUGAUGUAAUCCUUCACAGCGUCAACACCCCCCCACCCCUCCACGGAUGUGACAGUUUGAAAAUUUGCUCUCAUUCACGGUUGUUUUGAUGGUGAAAUUCCUCUCUCUAAUGGCAUUAUUCAUAGACUUCUAAUAUCUUAUUUUACUGUAACAAGUGGUUGAAUAAUUAUGUCCUUUUUUGUCUGAAACGUGCUUUAGAACGGUCCUAUAUUUCUCUGACAAUGUGGUGUUUUCAUAGUAGAAGAAACCUGUCAAAUCAACUGUUUCAAAACUUUUAGCUUUGCCUAAUAUUGUUAAUGUUUCUUGAUAUGAUCUUGUAUCCCUUCCAACUGUUAUGAUAACUCUGAAUUUCCAAUUUUCUAUUGAACAUUUUGUAUUUGUUGUAAUAGAAAUGUUUGAGAAAAUGUUCUGGUGAUUGACAUCAACAGUUGUUAGUUGGGACCAAAAAAAAAAAAAAAAGUCUAUUAUGAGUUCCUAGAUUAUCUUCAAGACUCUGGAUAUGAGUAAACCAGUGUGUAAUAAAGUAAACUGAAAUAUCAGACAUUAUUUCA